AACUUGAUCCUGAAAUUUACUGACCCACGCCGAAGCUCGUUGAUUAUCAUUAUGGGGUCGACGGGAAAAACUAUACUGGUAGCAGGGGGUGCUGGCUAUUUGGGAUCUCAUGCCGUCGUGGAGCUUUUGAACGCUGGUCACCGGGUUGUCGUCGUAGACGACUUGUCAAAUUGCCAAGAAAAUUCAGAAGAUAUAAAUGAAUUCCCUCCGUCGUUAGUCCGAGUAAAACAAAUCAGUGGAAAAGAAUGUCUUCAUUAUGCCAAUGUAAACGUAUGUGAUAAGGCAAGUUUGAGUGCUGUAUUUGACAACUUCAACAUUGAUACAGUGUGCGAUUUUUCUGGUAAAAAAGCAGUCGGGGAAAGCACAAAAAUGCCUAUGCUCUACUACAAAACCAACUUGACUGGGACUAUGCAACUUCUUCGUUGCAUGAAAGAGCAUAACGUCAAGAAUUUCCUAUUCAGUAGCUCAUGUACUGUGUACGGAGCGCCUGAUCCCAAGACCUUGCCUAUGAAAGAGACUGGCCAAGUGGGCAUGUGCCAUUGUCCCUAUGCCAAAAGCAAGUUGUUUUGUGAAAGUUUGCUUGAAGACAUGACAAUUGGUGCGCCUGAUUAUUGGAAAAUUGUUAUCAUGAGAUACUUCAACCCUGUUGGAGCUCACGAGUCCGGACUGCUAGGUGAAGAUCCAAAAGGAGAUCCACAAAAUUUAUUGCCAAAGCUGGCACAAGUUGCAAUUGGAAAAAGACCUAUUCUGAAUUUGUAUGGAAAUGAUUAUUCAACUACGGAUGGGACACCAAUACGGGAUUACGUGCAUGUUAUGGACGUUGCAAAGGCACAUUGUAGUGCUAUAAAUAAGUUAGACUUUAUAAAGGGCCUUUCUGUCUAUAACAUUGGGACUGGCAAAGGAAAAUCUACGUGGGAUAUGAUACGAGAGUUCGAGAAAGCAUGUGGUAUGGAAAUACCCUUACAAAUAUGUGAUCGAAGGCCGGGAGACGUUCCAGCAAUUUUUUCCGAUACAAGUAAAGCCGAAAGAGAUCUUGAUUGGAAGGCGGAGCGAACUCACCAACAGAUGUGUGAAGAUUUAUGGAGAUUUUACACUCUAAACCCGAAUGGAUAUCAAGAUAUAUCCGCGUUGACAGAAGCUGGAAUAGCUAUUUAAAAAGCGACUUCGAUGACCGUCAAUGAAUUGUUUAUUAUUUUUGAAGUCCGUGACCAAAUUCUUAGUAAUAUUUAAUCUUGAUUAAAUGCUGAAUAUCUA